AUGGAUCCUAAAAUUGCAAAACAUGUCAAUGAUAUUAAUGAGUCUAUGAUGGAAUUUUUUGAAGCAUGGUCUGCCAUUGAUGAGCAAAUUGCGAAUUCUCUAAAAGCACUAGAGAAAUUAGAAGAAGAAGAAGAAAUGGAAACCAUGGGUUAUGUUGGUAUGAUUAUCUCAUUUCGUAAUAAGAUUGAACUUGCAACAAUGGAAGCAAAGGAAAGAGUUCAAUUGACUUGCAAGGCUAUUAAUAAACUUUCACACGAUGAGAAGAUAUAUAAGAAGGUUUCUUUUGAACACCUUUACAUGCGUUCAUUGCGUAAUGAUGAAAAUAAAGCAAAGUUUUUUGAUUUGUGCUUGGAAUACAAGAAUCCAGAAGCACUUUUGCGUUAUGGCAUGGUACAAUAUUUCACAUAUGUGAUGUUAGAUGAAGGGUUGAAGAACAUCGACUUGGCACAUUCAAAGGGCAAUGUGUUGGCCAGAUAUUUAUUGGGACUUUUGCUUAUAUUCAAUGCAGAUGAAGAGCGCAAAAAAAGGGGUGUAGCGUUAUUACUAAGUGUUUUUCACAAGCAUCCAAUAGAUAAAGUGGUUCAAUUAAGAGAAACUUUACGAGAUAUGAUGGUGUCCCUUUGGUUAAAUAAUACCAUUGUUCGUGAGUCUGAUGAAUUCGUAAAGUGUGAUCAAGGGCACCUUCAUGAAUAUGACAACAUUGUGGACAAAUGGGAUUACUUCGCAUGGGGUCCUGAUGAUCUCAAAAGUUUAUGUGAUGCAUACUUAUGUAAUCGCGAAGCAGCCUUUUUUCUACGCUUGCUCCACUAG